AUGACUACCAGGUUGCUCACGCUCAAAAUUCCGGUAUUGGGUGACCUCUACCUACCGGGUCGGAAUGGGUCUGCUUUCUUUCUCCCCUACCCUCUUACUCUCAUCCACCACCCACCGUCCUCCCACAUCGUCAGCGCCAACCUAGUCGCCCGCGGCAAAACGAACAGGGCAUACUCGAUCCCCGAACGAAAGCUGAUACGUGCUGACCUCGGCCUGCUCGAAGAACACGAACUUUACGAGCUUCUGUACCAUGCGGCCUAUCGACAUGAUGAUGUUGACCAAAGCGUGAAAAGAUCUGCUAGCGAGGCUCGUUACGUGAUGAGAACUCCCAAUGACUGGGACGCCAUCUCGUUCGAUCACUACCUCACUGUCUUCUUUGAUGCGAUCAUCAACCGGAGCAGUCGAGUGGCCACACUUCAACAACUGGGUUUAAGGGCUGAAGUGGCUGACAUUGGGCCGGGGGAAGACGAAAAUAAUGACAUCAGGCGGGACACGUCGGAUGGGGGCUUGCGUUCCAGACUGGAGAAACUUGCAUCUCUGGUUUUGCGCCUCAGUGAGUUUGGUGAUUUGGAGAUCAUUCUUGACCAGGUUGCUCAGGGAUAG